GAAAGAGAAAAACUACAAAUUUUGAAACGGAAAAGAAAGAGAGAAGAAAAUGGAUUGAAGAAGAAGAAAAAAAGACGGACGAUGAUCUGCGGCGGAGCAGUGGCGGUUGGCGGCGGCGAGAGCGGCGGAAGAGUUGGAAGAAGAAAUAGUGUGAGAGAAGCGAAUGCGUUGGCGUUCCUCGAGAUGCGAGCUUAUAUUGAUUCCGGAACCUUCUCCGUACUCCUCCUUUUCUUGCUUUUGAUUCUCAUUCUUCUCAGCAUUUAAUUCUUCUCCUCCUUCUUGUUCCUUUUUCUCUUCUACACUCUUCUUCUUCUUUGCUCAUCAAAGCACACAACACGGCGUCGUUUUGCUCCUUGUUCUCUGUUCAUGGAAGUAGUGCUCGGCGGCUCGCUCAGAUCGCCGUGAUAUGCUCCAGUCGGUCGCCGGUUGCAUUCUUGAAGACUCCGGGAUUGGUUAGGGUUUCUUUACUCUCGAAUUUUCGCUGCUAUUCGAUUCUGUUCGAGUUGUUAGUGGUUGUUGCUCAGCUCAGCUCAGUUUUUCUGAGGUGAUUUUCUUAUACGUGGUGUGAUAUGGGUGAUUGAAAUUGGCUGUAUAUAGAGUUUGAGUUGUUGUGGCUUCGAUUUUAGCUGGUGUGUGAUUCCAGAUUUUUCGAAAGAAAAAAAAACUAAAGAAAGAAAGAAAGAUCAUAAUCAAAAGUGCAUACACAUCCCACCAAUUUUACUGUGGGAUUUUAGUUCUGAUAUACUAGAAUUUUAGGACAGAAGAAUAAAAAAAGAAUAAAGAGAGUUUUAGAUUUUGAGGUAAGCUGGAAAAAGGAGGAAGAUCCAGAGGUGGUGGUUCAUAUUCUUGUUGGAUUUUCACAAUUCUAUGGGAAUAUUUAUCUAUGGGAAUACCUGAUCGUUCCCUGGUAGAUCUAGUAGACAACGUUAGGUCCUGGAUUACUAGGGGAACAACUGGGUUGAGGUCCUUGCCUAGUGAGCUGGAUAUGCCGGGGAACGGUGGCAAGAUGUGUUGUGAGUGCCGUACAGACACUAGUUGUAUUGAGAAUAGGUAUCACUGCCAGAGCUGCGGGCGGUGGAUUUGUGGCAAGUGUGUUCAGGGCGGUGAGUGGGAUGGUUUGAAGAGCGGUGAUGGGGUGGGAGAGGAUGAUCUUAAGUUCUGUAAGUAUUGUUCUUUGGUUAGAUUGAGGAGGGAAGGUGGGAGAAAGUGUAGUGAGAAAGUGCAUCCUUCUGUUUCUCCCCGAGAUAGCCCUGAGCCGCCAUCCCCAUGUUUUAGCAAUGAAACGAUCAAGUGUUGUGGGGAUGAUGAGUCCACCGGGACUGAUCAUCUUUCAAAGUAUCUUGAAAAAGCCCAGGAUGAUGGCUGCUCACCCCGUGCUGCCAAGAGUAUGACUGCGCUCAGUUCGUACCCGUCUCCAGUGGCUGUUCGUCGCUCUCAUAGUAGGAGUGAUGAAGAAGAGGCAGAAGAAUCAGCAAAGAACUUGUGCAGCCCUUUAAGUGAAUAUUGUGAUGACAAUUUGGAUAUAUAUAGUGUUAGCGGUAGGUGUGAGUGUUACAGUGUGAGGUCUCUGGAAUCAAAUCAGUUUGAUUGCUCAUCUAGAAUUUAUUAUACUUCUAAAAGAGGGCAUUCAGUACAGCAGAGGCAGGAGAGAAUCCCAGUGACUCAGAAUGAUGGCCCCUUGGUUCAACAGACUACGGCUGUUUUAAAAAGGCCUGUGAGACGAACUGAGGAUCCAGAUAUUACUGAUGAGUGCUCUGAUGAUAUGUCAGCUUUCCACAACCAACAUGAAAAGCCAUUGGAUUUUGAAAACAAUGGUCUCAUUUGGUAUCCCCCUCCACCAGAUGAUGAGAAUGAUGAGGCAGAGAUUAACUUUUUUUCCUAUGAUGAUGAAGAUGAUGAUAUCGGAGAUUCAGGUGCAAUGUUUUCUUCCAGUAGUAGCCUUUCCAGCAUGUUUCCUGCAAAGGACAAACAGAAUGAGGGCCACAAGGAACCUCUUCGAGCUGUGGUACAGGGGCAUUUUAGAGCACUUGUAUCUCAACUCUUACAAGGUGAGGGUUUUAUGAGCAAAGAGGAUGGAGAUGAAGACUGGCUUGACAUAGUAACUACAAUUGCAUGGCAAGCUGCAAAUUUUGUUAAACCGGAUACUAGCCGUGGAGGUAGUAUGGAUCCUGGUGAUUAUGUGAAAGUUAAAUGUAUUCCAUCAGGAAGUCCAAGUGACAGCACCCUCGUAAAAGGAGUAGUUUGUACCAAGAACAUAAAGCACAAGCGCAUGACCUCACAGUACAAAAAUCCUAGAUUACUUAUCUUAGGGGGAGCACUUGAAUAUCAGAAAGUUCCAAACCAGUUGGCCUCUUUUAACACAUUACUGCAUCAGGAAAAUGAUCAUCUUAGGAUGGUUAUUUCAAAGAUAGAAGCCCUUCGUCCGAAUGUUCUGCUGGUAGAGAAAAGUGUAUCUUCAUAUGCUCAAGACCAUUUGCUAGCAAAGGAAAUAUCAUUAGUUCUGAAUGUUAAAAGGCCAGUACUAGAGCGCAUAGCUCGGUGCACUGGCGCCCUUAUUACUCCAUCCAUUGAUGACAUCCCUAAAGCCCGCUUGGGACAUUGUGAAUUGUUCCGGUUGGAAAAGAUUUCUGAACAGCAUGAGCCAGCUAAUCAGUUCAACAAGAAGCCAAUGAAAACCUUGAUGUUUUUUGAAGGGUGCCCAAGGCGUCUUUCUUGCACGGUCCUGCUGAAAGGUGCAUGUGUUGAACAACUGAAGAAGAUCAAACAUGUCGUUCAGUAUGCAGUGUUUGCAGCUUAUCACUUAUCCCUAGAAACAUCAUUCCUUGUUGAUGAGGGUGCUACUCUGCCCAAGAUGACUCCUAGACAUUCAAUUUCAGCUAAUUCGCUUACUUCGAGCAAUUCCAAAGCUGUAGCUGAGGCUUCCAUGCAAGAUGAUGAUAUUUUAGGCUUGAUCCCAGAAUUUGAAAGAUCAGAAUCUUCGUCUGGGUUUCUUGUUCCUGACCUUAGUCUUUCUUUAACUAAUGGUUCUGUGGACUUUGAAGUGGGCAAUUCAUUUUCUGAUCCAUAUAGUGAUGAUUUAUCAUCACAUAUGUUUGCAGACACUUCUUACAAGGAUAUAAAGGCACUGAUUGCACAGUCUGCUGAAACAAGAAGUAUUUACCAACUGGAGUUGCAAGAAACGUUGCCUCAUGUGGAGAGUCAACAUGAGGAUAUUCAUGAAUUGACGACCUCUGAGAGGAUUGAUCAGAAUGAGCCUUCCAGUGAGUACUUUUCUACUGCUGACACUCAUCAGAGCAUAUUGGUAUCCUUUUCAAGCCAUUGUGUACUGAAAGGAACUGUUUGUGAACGCUCCCGACUUCUGCGAAUAAAGUUCUAUGGCUGCUUUGAUAAGCCACUUGGCAGAUAUUUACGUGAUGACCUAUUUGAUCGGACAUCUUUCUGUCGAUCUUGUAAAGAGCUAGCAGAGGCCCAUGUCCUAUGUUACACCCACCAACAAGGAAACCUUACCAUCAAUGUGAGACGCCUUCCUUCAAUAAAGCUCCCUGGGGAAAGAGAUGGUAAAAUUUGGAUGUGGCACCGUUGUCUGAGGUGUGCCCAUAUAGAUGGAGUUCCACCAGCAACACGUAGAGUGGUCAUGUCAGAUGCUGCUUGGGGACUUUCUUUUGGAAAGUUCUUGGAACUUAGCUUUUCAAACCAUGCCACUGCUAAUCGCGUAGCUACUUGUGGCCAUUCAUUGCAACGAGACUGUCUCCGUUACUAUGGAUUUGGGAGCAUGGUGGCAUUCUUUAGAUAUUCCCCCAUUGAUAUUCUUUCUGUCCAUUUGCCGCCCUCGGUGCUAGAAUUCAAUGGCCAAGUUCAACCAGAUUGGAUAAGAAAAGAGGCAACAGAGCUCAUGGGAAAGAUGGAGACCUUAUAUGCGGAGAUUUCUGAUGUACUUGACUUCAUGGAAGAAAAGAAUAGAUCUUUUGGAUGUGAAAUGUCAGGUGCAGGUGGAUUACAGAACCACAUCGUGGAGCUGAAAGAUCAACUUAAAAAGGAGAGGAAUGAAUACAUUGGUUUUCUGCAACCUGCUUUUGUGGAGACUACUGAACCUGGCCAAACGGCUGUCAUGGACGUUCUGGAGCUAAAUCGCUUGAGACGGUCUCUUUUAAUUGGUUCUCAUGUUUGGGAUCGCCAGCUUUAUUCGUUGAAUUCACUUAUUCAGAAGAAUCCAGUUUCCAGGGCUUCAGAUGGGGUUUUAUCUGCUGGCUACCUGCAAGAUUUGAGUACUGAUCCAAGUAAGGAUGGCAGGCCUGAUUUUACCCAUGAAGGUAAUAAUGUGUCUGAAUCUCCAAAAUUUCUGGCGUCUCCUAGGAAUGAUUUGCCGUCAGAUAUAGAAUCUAGUGCGUCAAUCUUCGAAUGUUCUGAGGAGGACGUGCAUUCAGAUAGGGAAAUUGUUGGAGAUGAGACACCCGUUGAAAGCUUGGCGUCUCAUAACUCUACUCUUUCUGAGAGAAUAGAUUCUGCGUGGACAGGAACUGAUCAACUUCUGGUGAAAGCUCAACCACUUCAUGCAUCACAGGGUGAUGGAGUCCAACCUGCUGCUUUUAGGCUGACGAGCCAACAUGAUAAUCCUCCUUUUAGAAAUCUAGUGGCACCAAUGAGAGUUCACUCUUUUGAUUCUGCUGUAAGAUUCCAAGAAAAGAUUAGGAAAGGGUUGCCACCUUCUUCAUUGCAUAUGUCAACACUACGAUCUUUUCAUGCUUCUGGAGAUUACAGGAGUAUGGUGAGAGAUCCUCUUGCUAGUGUAACACGGACUUAUUCUCAGGCAUUGCCGUCAGAAUCUCAGAAGUUAAACGUGAUACUAAGUUCAACACCCUCAUUUAUCUCCUCUGCAUCUCAAAUAGCUGAUGGAGUCCGGUUGCUGCUUUCUCAGACAACCAACAAUAGUGUAGUUGUUGGUGUUUAUGACAGUGAGCCCACAAGCAUAAUAUCGUAUGCCCUUAGUUCUAAGGAUUACGAGGACUGGGUAGGUGAUAAGCUGAAUGAGCAUGAGGGGGCUUGGAGCAUUCAUGAAAGCUUCAAAGAAGAUUCAGCAGCUCCCACCUUUUCACCAUGGCAAUCUUUUGGUUCUAUGGACUUGGAUUAUAUCCACUAUGGGAAUUAUGGAUCUGAAGACGCUUCAUCCUCUAUGAGUAACUUGUUUGCUGAUUCCAAGAAAUCUCCACACUUAAGGAUUUCGUUUGAGGAUGAGUCCUCAAAUGCUGGAGGCAAAGUGAAGUUUUCUGUGACUUGUUAUUUCGCAAAGCAUUUUGACUCCCUUAGGAAGAUAUGCUGCCCCAAUGAAGUGGAUUUUGUACGAUCCUUGAGCCGCUGCCAGAGAUGGAGUGCACAAGGGGGGAAAAGCAAUGUAUAUUUUGCCAAAUCAUUGGAUGAUAGAUUCAUCGUAAAGCAAGUUACAAAGACAGAGUUGGAAUCCUUUCAGGAAUUCGCACCCGAGUAUUUUAAAUAUUUGACAGAUUCUCUUGGCUCUGGAAGCCCAACUUGUCUUGCAAAGAUUCUUGGUAUAUAUCAGGUCACCGUAAAACACCUGAAAGGUGGGAAGGAAACGAAAAUGGAUUUAAUGGUGAUGGAGAACCUAUUCUUUAAAAGAAAUAUAUCAAGGGUAUAUGAUCUCAAGGGGUCUGCUCGAUCACGUUACAAUUCUGAUACUACAGGUGCAAACAAAGUAUUGUUGGACAUGAAUUUGCUGGAAUCACUCCGUACAAAACCCAUUUUUCUUGGAAGCAAAGCGAAGAGAAGCCUGGAAAGAUCAAUUUGGAACGAUACAAACUUUCUAGCGUCUGUUGAUGUGAUGGACUACUCGCUGCUGGUUGGGGUAGACGAUGAGCGGAAGGAACUGGUUUUGGGCAUCAUUGAUUUCAUGAGACAAUAUACUUGGGACAAGCAUCUGGAGACAUGGGUGAAGGCAUCUGGAAUACUUGGCGGUCCGAAGAAUGCUUCCCCGACAAUCAUUUCUCCUAAGCAAUACAAGAAAAGAUUCCGGAAGGCAAUGACCACCUAUUUUCUCACUGUACCUGAUCAAUGGUCUUCCUAAACUGCAUCAUUUCAUUCUUUUGACCACUAAAUGUUCAUCAAUAAGGGAUAGGGGUAUUGUUGCUGAUAAACAGAGAGGAGGGAAAUCCCUCCAUCUGAUAAUUUUUUGUUUUGUUAGGGGUGGGUUUUCUUUCUUCCCCCUGUUUUGUAUAUGGGGCAGGAAGUAACCCAAUUUAGAAGUGUUAAUGUCUGGAGCUGGUAACUGUUAUUUUGUUCAAGUUACCAGUGCUGGGUUGAAGUAGGCUUACCAAGGUGAUGUAAAAGUAGACCACUGUAAAGAAAAAAAAACAUUGAUAGGUGGAUUUC